AUUACCUUUAGCUUUCCCCAUGUUUGAUGAUCUCUCUCUCUCUCUCUCUCUCUCUCCACCGUCCACUACUUGCUUCAGCCAUCUUGUACUCUCUCUCUAUAAAAGCAAACAACACAAGUAGCUAGCCAUAAACUGUUCCCAUCUUGAUCUCUCCUCCAUGGCUGAUAACCCUUACACCUCUAAUCUUUUCUCAUCUUCAUCACCAAGUUUCUUCCAAUUCAACCAUAUUUUCCCAUCUUCAAACCCUUCUCCACACCACCACCAUCACCCUUUUCUUCAUCACCACCACAACAACCACACCUUUUUCCACUACCAUCAUAUUUCAUCUUCUUCUUCUCCACCUUCUCCUCCUCUCAGGGAAGAACUACCUCUUCUAAGCCUAAUCCCAGCAAAGCAAGAAGAAUAUGAAGAUCAACAAGAACAUGAUGAGGAUAUUCAAGACCUUCCUUGCACUGCCAUGGAUUUAGAGGAAAGAGAAGAAGACGGUAGUAUUACUACUAGUAACACAGUUACUGUUGCACUUCACAUAGGUUUGCCAAACCCUAGUGCUGCUGAAAUGGCUUCUGUACUUUCUUCAUCAAAUAACUCCUCAGAGAUCACUGUCACUGAUAAAGAACAAGGUGAUGAUUCUUCUUCAGGGUUCAUGAUGCUUCAUAAUAACAGCCUUAACAAAGGACAGUAUUGGAUCCCUACUCCUUCUCAGAUUCUCAUUGGUCCAACACAGUUUGCUUGCCCGGUUUGCUCCAAAACUUUCAAUAGAUAUAACAACAUGCAGAUGCAUAUGUGGGGGCAUGGAUCACAAUACCGAAAAGGUCCGGAAUCUCUAAGAGGCACACAACCAACCGGAAUGCUAAGGCUACCAUGUUACUGCUGCGCACCAGGUUGCAGAAACAACAUUGAUCAUCCUCGAGCAAAGCCAUUGAAAGAUUUCAGAACACUUCAAACACAUUACAAGAGAAAACACGGAAUUAAGCCAUUCAUGUGUCGAAAAUGCAGCAAGGCUUUUGCUGUAAGAGGAGAUUGGAGAACUCAUGAGAAGAAUUGUGGGAAGCUAUGGUAUUGUAUCUGUGGUUCUGAUUUCAAACAUAAGAGGUCUCUUAAGGACCAUAUCAAAGCCUUUGGAAAUGGACAUGCUGCUUAUGGAUUUGAUGGGUUUGAAGAAGAAGAUGAACCAGCUUCUGAAGUUGAGCAAGAUAAUGAUUAAUAAUGUGUUAAUUAUUCUGUGAAAUGAUUAAUAUUAUAUAAGCAAGAAUUAAUUAGUUAAAUGGAAAGCAAUAUUUUCUUUCUUUUUUCCUUUUAUGUUGGAACAUUAGUUAGGACUAGGAGAGUGAGUGACUUGAUACAAAACAUAUAUAGCUGUUAAAGCCAGAUAUAUAUUUUGACUUUUGCUCU